GUGAACAACAUGUCUGUUCAAGAGGCAAACGGAGCGUUGGAGCUGGCAUUCAAUGGCCUCGCGGACCACUACAGUGAGCUGGCAGCAAACCCCAAAGCCUCCCCCGCCGAGAAAGAGGGUUGUUUGGCCUUUGUAGCAGCGGAAGGAAGGCUAGACAAAGAGGAUGUGGAUGGCUGCAUGGCGCGCUCUAAAGAAGCGCUUGAGAAGUUCAAGGCCUGCAAGCAUCCGACCGGUGUGGCUGACACGCUUAGAAUGAUGGUCUUAGCGUACCGGAUCCAAGCAGAUGUGCUGCGGAGCGCCGAGGAAGACAAGACCAAGGAGAUCAAGGCGGCUCUCACCCAAGCAGAGGGCCUGGCCAAGGGGGAAGCCGCCAAGUUCAAGGAGGCUGGCGAGAAGCGAGGAGAGGCGGUGAUGCUCCUAGCGGCUGGUGAGAUCAACUACAACAAGCGAGGUGGCAAGAAGCGCGGUGAGGCUAUUGAGGACUUGAACAAGUCGAAGGAGCUGGCGAAACAAGCCGGCGACAAGAAGGUUGAAGCAACGGCCGUCUUCGUCCAGGCAAAUGCCGCGAUCAAGCUCCGGAUGAACGACGAUUCCUACAUGUUCGCGCAGGAGUCCUACAGGCUCUAUGAGGAAGCUGGAGACAAGAAAGGAAUGGGCAAGGCAUUGCACAUCAUGGCUCUAGCCCAGGUGCUGGCAGAAGACUUCGACGACGGAGUCAAGACUGCUGAACAGGCUUUGGGCGUAUUCCGAGAGCUGUCCCUUCGGAAGCUCGAGGCCUUCGAGCUUUUCAUCAUCGCUCACUACUACUUGACGCGAAAGAUGGGCCGAGAAGCGAUUCCCUAUGCUGAGGAUGCCCUGGAGUUGUUCAAAGAGGUAGACUUCGAUGGCUCGGGUUGGACCUCCAACGCCUUCGACUGCCUCACACAGGCAUUUAUUGCGAAGGGUGACGCAAAGAAGGCCAUGAUAAUUUCCGAGGAGGCUGUGGAAUACUUUGAGCGCAAGAGCGACAAGCGAGGACAAAUCAUGUCCCUCAGCACGCUUGCAAACUCGCACUGUGCCAAGGGCGACUACGAGGCCGCCGUCCCUCUGAUAGAGCAGUCCCGAGAGAUCAUCCAAUCUCUUGACGAUACCAGGUGGGAAGCUAGCAUCCUACACCAGCUGGCGUCAGUCCACAUGCUGCGCGAAUCCUAUGCGGAGGCCGUUUUUGCAGCCGAGGAGGCGAUGCAAAUCUACCAGGACCUGAAGGACAAGCACAGCGAGGCUUUGGCGAUGAACUUCAUCACGCAGGUCGCCAUCGCGAAAAAUGACUACGACAAGGCGACGCAGACCGCACAGGAGCAAGCGGCCAUGUUUGCCGAGUCUGGGGACAAGAGCAAGGAAGCAUCUUGCCUGCUCACCGUGGCCACCAUCCACGGCACUGAGGGCCGCAUGGACGAUGCCCUGCGGGUCGCCAAGGAGGCACAGGAACUCUUCCAGGAGAAGAAGGACCGCUCUGGAGAGGCCCGAGCUCUGAAUGUGCUUGCCGACAUCUACUGCGAUCUGCGGGAGGUGGAGCAGUCCGUGGCCAUGUGCAAGGAGAUGCGAGCGAAGCUGCAGGAGACAGGCGACAAGAAAGCCGAGGUGACUGCCAUCCGCGUGCUCUCCAACAUCUACCUUGCGUCUGAGAUGCCGGGUGAGUCCCUCCGAGCAGCCAACGACGCUGUGCAGAUGUGCAAGAGGGUCCAUGACCGAAAGCAGCUGGCUGAGAAUUUGAUCCUUGUCUCAGAGGCCAGCAUCGCCUUGGCCAUCCAGGACCAUCCGAAGGCCCUGGCAAAGGGCUCCGAGCGGUCCCUGAAGCCUGCCCGUGAAGCUUUCAAGGUUGCCAAGUCCAUCGGCGCUGGAAAGUUGAUGGGCAUGGCGAUGCAUCAGACAGCGUAUGUCCUGCUGGUCACAGUCAAGCCGGAUGAGGCUUUGAAGGCGGCCCGGGAAGCCGUGGACAUCUUCAAGCAGGUGGACGAGCGAGCGCGAGAGGCCGGCUCGGUGAUCCUCAUCGCUGAGAUUUACCACAGCAAGAAUGAGGACGAGAAGGCCCUCGAUGCAGCUAACGAGGGGCUGAUGCUCGCCAAGGCAUGCGGUGAUCCUCGAAAGGAGAAAGAGGCCAACAAGCUCAUUGACCAGAUUGCUGGGCAGAGAGUUCAGUACUACCAAGCCGCUCCCGGCGAUAUGCCCAUGCCUGGUGCAGCCCCAGCGCAGGGCGGCGCCCCAGAGGCAGCCGUGUCAGCGGUUGCAACAAAGGAGGUUGGCUUGGAUCCCGCCAUGGUGCAGGCCACCGUGCAAGAGAUGGCCAGACAAGCCAUUGGCGUAGAUGAUGAGCUUUUCCUUGAUAGCGCGCUCAUGGACAGCGGCACCUUGUAUUUGGGUGAGCAGUGCGUUGAACUUCCGAGGAACGGCGGUGCUGUUGAGCUGACCAAGAAGCGACUGAUCACAUGGGUUGAAAACCAACCAUGGCGGUCACGCAUGAUCCCCCUCCAGCGGAAGGUUAUGCUCGACUUGUUUGGCUACAGCAAGACGGCGACAUCCAACGAAGAUGUUGUGAUAGAUUUCUACUGCUUCACGAUUGCCAUUUGUUCGCACCACUUCUUGAUGAGCCUUGCCCUGGCGCCAGUGGCCUUAUGCGGCUGGGACGCCGCUGGUUCCGCGGGGCAAUGGCUUUUCCAUGCUGGUGCUUUAGGAGAUUUGGCCUUCACGCUUUACGAUGCAGUUCAGAUCACACUAAGAACGUUUUGCCCAGAUACGUUCAAAUGCCUUGGUGUCGAGCUGCCGAUGCGUUUCUUUCUUGGCAUUGUUUGUCUGCACCACACCUUAGCCCUGAUGCUGACUAUGCCCAUGAUUUGGUAUUACUCAUCCAUGAGCGCUCUCCAUGCAAUAAUGUUCUCAUUGCUGUUUGCGGGUGGCACCUGUUAUCUGCUUGGUUGCUACAAGUUCACACUGGACACGCAGAGCUCAUGGUGGGAUCUCCUACAGUACAAGGCCAUCGUGCUGAUCCAGCUCAUGACGAUUUGCUAUACUCGCGUAUAUGUGUGGGUCUCUCAAAGUGUAGCAGCCAUGAUGGUUUUCUACAUGGAGGGGAAUGCGCCCUUCCUUUGUGUAGGACUUGUGGGCGGCAUUUUGAUGACCUGCUUCAACGUCCUGAUGCUCGUCGAUGCCACCAAAGCUGCCAUCAAGUGGUUGCCUAAACAGAUGCCUAAGCAAAGCACUUGCCCAAAAAUUGGCUGUGCUGAGAGGGACUUCAAGCUUGUGAAGCCUGUAAGAGAGAUCUUGCGGAGAGUGCAACUUGUGAGUGUUACACUGGCUGAAUGA